AUGCCCGGAGCUGCUCCGCUGGGACGAGCCACUCCGACCCCCUCCUCCACCGCCACCUCCGUCUCCACCGCCCCCUCCCCCACCAGGACCGUCGCUCCCACCGCUCCCACCACCUCCUCCGCUACCACCUCCGCCGCCACCUCCGCCUCCACCGCCGCCACUACUACCUCCACUCCCGCCACCACCCCCACCGUCACCCCCACUCCCCCCUCCACCCCCACCGCCUCCUCCACCGCCCCCUCUGGCUCCACCCGCUCCCUUGCCCCCCUUGCCCUUGCCAGUGCGGCGUCUGCCGCUGGGGGCAGACGCCGCGCCGACCGACUCAAAACCAACGAGCAGCUGAAAGGCUCACCGGGCUGGAAGAGUCGGGUAGAUCAGCAGCAGGCGGCUCGGUUGGUGGGGCGGCUCGGGCGGCUCGGGCGGCUCGGGCGGCUCGGGCGGCUCGGGUACCGGGCGGCUCGGCUGCUGCUGGGCGGCUCGGCUGCUGCUGGGCGGCUCGGCUGCUGCUGGGCGGCUCGGCUGCUGCUGGGCGGCUCGGCUGCUGCUGGGCGGCUCAGCUGCUGCUGGGCGGCUCGGCGGGGCCGUCAGGGUGCAGCGGCGGGGCCGGGACAAGGGACGGCGGAGCCGUCAGGUGGCGGGCCAGCAGGUGAUGCGGCGGGGCCGUCAGGUCAGGUGGCGGGCCAGCGGGUGAGGCGGCGGGCCGUCAGGUGA